CGGACGAUUGGGGGGGCGGGGAUAGUAACUAAAGUCACUAAACGUGAGCAUUAGACUUGUAGGGUACCUUGAGUUUCGUGAAACUUUGGAGACGUGAGCGUUAAACUAAAUGCGAUAUAACCAAGUAAACGGCUGACAGUAUAUUACAGGUUGCUGGUUGUGCCGUUGUUUGGGGGGAUAGUAUAGCCAGCCGAGAAAGUAAAAAUGUCGAUGCACUUGUACCAAAUGAGCAGCAAACUGCUCGGUGACACUGUCGGUACAAUCAACGACAACCUGACCUCGACAGUGUUGGCAGCUACUGUCGUCACUCUCACCCUGGGAUACAUUUCUAAAAUGCUGCUCAAACAGCCCCCUGACAAGGAUCUGAAAUAUCCACCAUACAUUCCCUCCAGAAUCCCCUUCCUGGGCCAUGCCAUUGCAUUUGGGAGAAGUCCCAUUGAAUUUCUUGAAAAUGCUUAUGAGAAAUACGGACCAGUGUUCAGUUUCACCAUGGUGGGGAAAACGUUCACCUACCUGCUGGGCAGCGAUGCAGCUGCGCUGCUGUUCAACAGCAAGAAUGAAGACCUGAACGCUGAGGACGUGUACUCCAAACUGAUGACUCCAGUGUGUGGCAAAGGAGUAAUCUAUGAUGUGCCAAACCCUGUCUUUCUGGAACAAAAGAAGAUGAUUAAGACUGGACUCAACAUUGCACGUUUUAAGGAGCACGUCAAGAUAAUUGAGGCAGAGACUAUAGAGUAUUUUCAGAGAUGGGGGGACAGCGGGGAGAGAAACCUGUUCGAAGCUCUGUCUGAGCUGAUCAUCCUGACAGCCAGCAGCUGCCUUCAUGGGAAGGAGAUCCGCAGCAUACUGAACGAGCAAGUGGCCCAGCUGUACACCGACCUGGAUGGAGGAUUCAGCCACGCCGCCUGGCUCCUGCCCAGCUGGCUGCCCCUGCCCAGCUUCAGGAAAAGGGACAAAGCUCACAGAGAGAUCAAGAACAUCUUCUUCAAGGCGAUUCAGAAGCGCAGGAGCUCUGGAGAGAAAGUGGACGACAUGCUGCAGACCCUCAUUGAUACCACAUACAAGGAUGGACGGGCCCUGGAUGACAACGAGAUUGUGGGGCUGCUGAUUGGUCUCCUUCUGGCAGGCCAGCACACGUCCUCCACCACCAGCGCCUGGAUGGGCUUCUUCCUGGCCAAAGACAAAGCUCUGCAGGAGCGCUGCUACGCUGAGCAGAGGGCUGUGUGCGGAGAAGACCUGCCUCCGCUCGACCUUGAUCAGCUGAAGGAUCUCACUUUACUGGAGCGUUGUGUAAAGGAGACGCUGCGUCUCCACCCACCCAUCAUGACCAUGAUGAGGAUGGCUCGCUCUCCUCAGACUGCAGCAGGAUACACCAUCCCUGUGGGCCACCAGGUGUGCGUUUCACCAACUGUCAACCACCGUCUGCAUGACACCUGGGUGGAGAGGAUGAAGUUUAACCCCGACCGCUACACCGAUGACAGCCCUGCUGCAGGGGAGAAGUUUUCCUAUAUACCGUUUGGAGCAGGUCGUCAUCGCUGCAUCGGGGAGAACUUUGCUUAUGUUCAGAUCAAAACCAUUUGGUCUACUUUACUACGCAUGUAUGACUUCGACCUGGUGGAUGGAUAUUUUCCCACAGUCAACUACACCACACUGGUCCACACCCCUCACAACCCCGUCAUCAGAUACAAGAGGAGAAAGCAGGGAGAGGCUAAAGGACGACAGUGAAGAGCAAGGAGCAAAAAGAUGAGGACACAGUGAAUCUGUAACUUCCUGGGAUUCAGAUUUAGGAAAAGUUCAGUGAAUGCACUUUGCUCUAAUGGUCACAGUUAUA